UAGGUUUAAAAUUGAUUAGAAAUUAAUUGUGAUCGAUGAAUGAGUACACCUUUGCUGUUAAAAUUAGUUUUUCUUCGAAUUUUAUUAACUGUGUGAUGACGAUGAGAUUAUCAUUGACGUGAAGUCGGCCGUUUCAUGUAAUUAUAGUAGUACUCGUACGUUAUCUGCAUGUUAAAUGAGGCGUGGAAUUUUAGAUUUCGUGUAAAUGAUGACUUGUUGUGUUUGAAAAAACGCCAUUGGACGUUCUUUAAAUUUGCUAAAACAGUGAAUUUUCGUGAAUAGCAAAGUUCUAAUCGUAUUUUUACGGAUUUUAUAAUUACUAGUUGUAGAUCGACGCGUGCAUGAAUAUGAUAACUAGGUAGAUUUACGUUUUGUAUUGAAAAUGUUCAGUUCAGAGAGAAUGAUGUUCGCGUUCUGUGGAAUAUGAUUUCGAACGUGAAAAACUGAAAAAACAUCAUCUUUCAGUAGUAGGUAGUCGAAUUGGCUGCUGAUUGAUGCUGAUGCUUCGAAAACCAUCGAGCUAGAGAGUUCAGUCGUUCGUCGAGGAUGUCGUUGAAAAAAUGUAAACAGUCUGAGUCUAGUCAACGUCAGCUGAUGGGACCGUAAGUUUGAUAACACAAACGAAUACUCGAAAAUCUGGAUUCAAAAUUAGUUUUACUGGUCAUCUUGAAAACUUGAGAAAGUGAUAUGAAUCCAGACGAAUAAUUUGAUCUGUUUGGAUGUUUUCAUCUUUCCAGAUCAAUUCUACAUAUAAAUCAAGGAAUUUGAUAUUUCGAUAAAGAAGCAUUUUGUAUUGAAAAAGAAAGCUCAAAUUCGUGAUCAGAAGCCUCAAAAUUAUCGUUUCAUUUGCCAGCUUUUUAAUUGCUGUGCUCAUCCAAGAAACCAUUCCAUCAGAGUUAAACACGAUAACGAUAUGGAGAACUGGACUUGGGCCCGUAGCUGUGCUAAAGAAACGCGACUCGCAGAAGCUGCAGCUUGCAAUACCUCGCCUAUUCAGAAUGAAUCAGUAUUUUGCUGCUUAUGAUUACGAUGAUUCUAAAGACGAAAACGGUCCCAAAGAAACAAUGAUGGUCGCCUGCCCUGCGAGGACUUUUGGAAAACAAUUCGAAAUAGAAGAAGAGUGGAGAAAAAGACCUGAUAUAACGUCGGAAGACAGUCAGCUGUUUUUUUUGUCCGAACAUGACAAUUCAAAUUGCUACAGAUCAGGAUUCGUACCCUCGAUUAAAAAAAUUGAAAACAAUGACAGCGAAGUGAAAUAUUGCACGCAAUCGCAAUCAGAAAUAUAUCAAGUUGGAUUUCCGAUAGCAACUAAAGAGGAAGACGAUACGGAAAUCCAAUUCUUAUCUUUGUACAAAAUAUGCUAUUCAAACGUCGAAGCAGAAAGUGCUACACGAUACUCAAUCCAUCGUAUCGAGUCUCCUAGUUUGCUACUUUUAAAUACAAUAGAGGAACUUCCGGACCUUAAUCCGUUAGAAGACCAGAAUAAGUCUUUUAUAGAUGCGAGCAUAAGCACAAAAGAGCUUUUUGAAGAGAAGGUAAUUAAUAAGUUUUCAAUGCAAGUACCUAUAUCUAGGUUGUGGUGUACCCAAAUGUUUGAAUGGUCAUUAAAAUCAUGAUUUUUUUGACCACUCUGAAAAAAGCAGGCUGGAUCUUUUCCUGUGCAAUUUUGCCAAAAGUUACUUAUUCGUUAACAACCGGGUUACUUCGACAAAGACAAACUUGAUUU